GUUGUUUUCUGCCCUCUAACGUCCGUUGUCGUCUUUCAAGGCGCGUCCGUUACGUCACAUCCGGGUUUUCGUCAACAAACGGGCGUUGUGUUCUUGGUCUCUUGGUUGUUCAAGCAUUUGGCAUUUCUUCGGGUUCGCACUGUUUCCACAUUUUUUUUAAGUUGACGUAACAAUGCCACCGUCGACAAUGGACCGAUCUCGCCAAAAGUGGCAUCAACGACGGCCACUCCUGAGAUCCGCGUACUUCACCGAUCUUCAGAACGGAAGCUACUUCGCUGGAAUUUUCUCCAUAGUCGAGAGCAUCUUCAUGAUCACACUUACCGUGUUCGACGUCUACUGCCUUGCCGAAGCUUCGCCCGGAUCGAUGCACUACCGUUACUUUGGAUUCAGCUUCCUCUUCGUUUACAGCGGAAACCAACACGUGCGGAACCUGUUGAUCACAGUGUCGGUCAUCUCGUUCAUACUGAGUACUUGCCUGCUGGCGGCUUCAGUCAUCAAGGUGGUCGCUCUGCGAAAGGAGAAAGAAGCCAAGUUCCGGCCAUGGUUGUUCAUCAUGUUUACGUUCACAGCUUGGCGAAUCCUUGCCAUCAUUUUUCGGUCCAUCUGCAAUGAUCUCUAUUACUCCUAUCAUCAGGCAAUGCUGAUCAUCUGGAUUCUCCUAAUUGCAGCAAAUAUAUUUGCGUGGCUUGUGGUCUACUCCAACUACCAGGAACUGACUGACAUCACCAGGCUGGAAGACAUGGCUAAGCUUAAGCUCGGAACUCUCAGCAGCCUCAACGCAUCACGCUCCGUGUCCCACCAUUCCAUCGACUCUAUGAAGAACUCUCACAGUGCCACGCCGCACAACAUCAGUUUCCAGUCGACAACAAGCGCCAAGUACUCCCUGUCAACAGCCUCUGCCUGAGCAUUCAGACUCGUUCAAUGUUUGGCGAGUUUCCGUCCGUGUUGUUCAACUUUGCACUGGGUUUCCGAAACCCGGCUGUGUGAGUUUUUACUUUCCGUCGGUCUGAAAGCGACGCGCAGACCUCCGGAUUAUUGGCGAAGCAUCUAAGCGCAGCACCCUUCGUGCUUUUUAUGGGGCACAGUUUUCGGUAACUUUUCCAGCGCUGAAUAUUUUAAGUGCAUCCUGAGGCUGUCGCCGGUUAGGGUUCAAGGGAUCAAGAUUUCAUCUGUGUAGGUAAGUUAUGUUUAGCUUGAACUUGUGAUUCUCAGAAAACGGUUUCAACCAUUUCAAGGCUUACCACUCGAAAUCGAGAAAAAUGAUAGAUUGUGAUUACAGUGCUGAAAUUGAGGUGCAGCUUUACCAACGACGUCAGGCAAAUUCGAAAGUUCAGAGGCUGAAUUUAAUCGACCUUCUGCACAAAUGCAUAUUUUUUGUAGUUUUUCCAAGUUUAGUGCAAAAGUGCUGCUGUUUUCAAGUCACAUUCCAGAGAUCUUUACAAUUACGAAGAUUCAUUCUUGAUCUAAGAUUGUGACAUUGUUCAGCCAGAUAAGGGAGUUGUUGACAUAGCAGUUAAGUCUGUCAUUUGCAUUGGACUUUAGCAUCUUUUUAGCAUUUUUGCGUGGCUUUCAUGUGCCGAGGCAAUUUUAUGUCUCAUUGAGAAUCUCAUUCUGAUCACUUUACUGCAUUGCUAUACUCGGUGUAUCUGCCUAGCCAUUUGAUGGAGUACUUCAUUAGAUACCAUAACUAGUGUUAGGGCAACGUGUCUUGCACAUUGUUUGAGACAAGUUUUACAUUGCCUAAAGUGUAUAAGGGGCCCCGAUUUUUUUUUUUACACUUUUACAUAGUGAGAGUUUUUGUGGCUUAGAGUCCAGAGUGAAGAAAAGCAUGUUGCAGCUGAUUUGUUAUGUGUCUUGUACAAAGCCCUUUGUCACAAAUCAGUUUUUGUGACAUGAAAAGAUUCCGUCCAAACUGUGGCGUUUUAUUUCGUAUGCCUUAUCGCAUGUUUGAGGCUAGGAGUGCCUGGAAAUGUUUUUUACGUGGAUAUGAAAGUGUUUCUCCGUGUUUAUAUCUGCAACAUUUUUACAUAUGUGUAAAGUGAGACUGUGGCAAUGGUGGUUGUGCCGCUUGAUCUAUAAUCAAAUCAUUUGUUUCUACUCAUAAUAUGAUUUCACAUACAUGAACACCUGUUCAUUGUUUCAUUAAAUCUCUAAAACAGUUCAGGUACUAGCUACCUAACUGCUUACUAGUGUAUUGUAAAUUUUUUGAAUACUGCUAACAUUUUUAGCACUCUAUCAACUUAAAAUUUGCUUAAUGGGCUAAAAUAUAACAUUAUUCAGUCUCUUCGGUGUUUUCAAUAAUGCACCCAUUAAAACGAGUUUAAUCCGAAAAGCGUCAGGAUGUUGAAAAAUUGUGUAAUUGCCGAGUUGAACUCGAGGACUCAUCUGAGCUGUCAUGUGAUGCUCAUCUGAGCUGUCACUUUGAUAUUGAAGAUGGCAUAUUUUGUUAGGUUGUGUUCUUUUCCUACUAUACGCAGAUCAUGCUAUUGCAAAAGAUGGUGCUCUUGCGACAUACUUUACGAGUUCGUUUAGUUUUAGAGGUGGUGGUUAACAGAGCUUUUAUUUAAAGUGUUUGCAUUGGUAAAUGGACACUGCAGACCAUUUUAAACUUUGUGUUUAUAGUGCAUGUGCUCUGUACUUCAAAAGAUGCUUAUAAAACCAGGGCAUUUUUUUACGAAAUUGUAGAAUAGUGCUUUGUGUCAAGCGAGUGUAUUAAUCUACUUCAACUUUUCAUUGUGGUCUCAUUUCACAAUGAAAAGGAAACAAAGUCUCCACAGCUUUUUCUUCUUGUAAACACCGGAAGGACACUUUUUUAUGUCGCAUUCGUAUGGCUGUUUAGGAAAGUACUUCAUUAACACGGAGUUCAUGCUCUUAGCAUUAACUACACAGCUAGCCCAAGUCCUCAAAGCGAUCUGCUCUGCCUGUGUUUGUUAACAUUAAAAUUGGAGUGUACUCUUGAAAAAAUACUGUCUAGGAAUAUUCAUUGUUAAAUGAAAACUAAAAAUUCACUGCAGUGUUUUUUUUAACCUUCUUAGCCUAGCACUGCCCAGCCAGUUUUGUCAUAAUGGAUAUGAGUGCUAUGGUGACUGUCAUUUAUGAUUGCUCUCAUUGUAAGCAUACACAAUGAGGCUGAACACACUUCUUAUUUCGGAUUCAUUGCUCUUGAGAAAACUGGCCCUGUGUCACUUUUUAAUCUUGGCUUUUGGUGCAUGUUUUUAUUAUUAGUGUGGAAUGAAUCUCAUUUCCUAUGUCCCUGUGAAUAAGUGCGUUGCACUUUUACAUAAAAAAUGAAUAAAUAUAUUUUCGUUAUGUAUAUACACAUUUCCAUAUCAGAGUUUGAUGAUAAAGCAAGUGUAAAAAUGUAAGGGACAUUAAUCAGAAUAAAUAUUCUUUAUAAAAACAUC